AUGCAAAGUUUUGCGAAAAGUUUCCUCCCGAGUGCUGUUGAACUCGAUACGCUGAGGGCGGAGCGCCAUCUUGUAAAUGGUUCAUAUCCCACCGCCUUGGAAAGCCAUCUCGGCUGCUGCGACCCCUCCUGUGAAUGUCGUUCGCUCCAAAGGGGGAGUUCUCCGCUUUCCUCGUCAUCGAGGGUGGUGAAGAAGGAAAGGGAGGGGAAGGUAGAGGAGAUGGAGAUGGAGAUGGAGAUGGAGGAGCCCGUUGCGCUCGCAGUAAUUGGGCGGCGGUCUCCCGUCGCGUAUCACACCCUUGGCUCCCUUCUCGCCUCCACGAGCAGCACCUUCGUUUUCUACCCUUUUGAUUUCCUUCGGACGCGGUUUAUGUCGCAGGAUGGGACCAUCCACCGCCAGCAUAACGGGCAGACCUACUCCUCCCUCCUCCAAUCGUUGCGCGCGAUCCUGCGGGAGGAAGGGGCUCGGGCGCUCUUCCGGGGGUGGUAUAUCGCCGUCUGGGGCUCCGCUCUCGCGUGGGGGGUGUACAUGUCGAUUUAUCGUCAGCUUUGCAACCUUACCGAGUUCACCUCCUAUCCGAGUCGGUUCCUGCUUUCCAUGGUGGCGAGCACGACGUCCUGUUUAAUUAGUAAUCCAUUUUUUUUGAUUAAGUCGCGUAUGCAGCUGGAGGAGACCACGAAGGGAUCAUCUUAUCGGACCUUUAGGAGCGGCAUCCGGCACGCUACGAGGACGUCUGGGGUGCUCUCGCUUUGGCGCGGAACGUCGCUCCAGCUGCUGCUUUCAUUCCCGAAUUCGCUUAAUCUGCCCACGUACGACUACCUCAAAUCUCUCAUCCUACGGUACCGCUGGCAGCAUACCGAUUCGUCGCCUGAUCUGAGCAAUUACGAGAUCGCGGCCUGCUCAGCGACCACGAAGAUAUUAAUACUUAUACUUUCGCACCCCAUCAUGACGUUGAGGGUUCGGCUCCAGGAUCAUCGAUCGAGAAUCGGCGCGCCGCACUACGUGACCGCUCCGCAAGCCCUCAUGACGGUUCUGAGGAUGCAAGGCAUCCACGGCCUGUAUCGUGGCUUUUACGCCUCGAUCUUCCACACGUUGCCUCGUUCAAUGAUGUAUUACUUCGUCUACGAAGAGACGUUGAGUUUGCUGUGCAAACGAAAAGCUUAG